CACCUAUUUCCUGCAACCUAGGCAAUUAAGUAAUAGUAUAAAUCCCAGUUUCUGAUGUGACUGAGUCAGCAAGGGCUUGGCAUAGAAAACACACAAAGGAAUUACCACCCACAGAACAUAUGAGUGGCUGAGCAAGAAGUGAAAAGUAGGUGCUGAAGAAAAGGUGCUUGAAACAAAGGAAUCUGAAAACAUGCUAUGAUCUUUCAAAGACUGCCAAGGAAUAAAACCACAAUGUGCACUGAACUGGAUGGGCUUCCUUCUGUAUUCCCCACUUGGCUGCUUCUCUAUUGGUUCAUCUCACUCAAACAAGAAAGAAGUUCUCUACUCCAGGAGCCUCAGUUUACCUGAAGACUACUGAUUACUUAGCAAACAUCACUUUACGACUUCUCUCAACAUGGACACAUGGAGGAGAGGAUCUAUUAGGUCCUCAGGUUUCUUUAAGCGGCUCUCAUUCAGGAGGAACAAGAAAUUGGGCAACAAAGCUAUUAUCUUGAACCAGAACAGCCAAUCGUUAGACUCCAAUGAACAGUAUGACAAAAAGAGGUUCCUAAGAAAUUUCAAAGAAAAGCCAGACUAUUUUUCAUGUCAAAGUGAACAAAAUCUUACCACUAAAACACAACCACCUCCCAAACCACCUCGCUUAUAUCUGGACACUGCCAGCUGCCCCAAUAUAAUAGACCACAGAGGAUCUUCCUCUACAGAUAUCUCCUUUUUAAGCACUUCCUGUCAUUUUCAUAAGGCUACUAAAACACCAACCGAUAUAUACAAAGCCCAAACCAUGAACUCUGAAACUUUCUCCAGGAACAAUAAACCUCCUUUUGAUCCAUCAGAUCCCUUCCUUUCCUUCACACUAGAUUUGGGACCCUCACUCCUGGAUGAUGUUUUACAAACACUCAGAAAACAGAAUUCAUUAUUAAAUUAGCUAGAAUUCUCAUUAAAACCAAAAGUUACUCAUAAUGACUGUUCUGAUUAAUGGACUAAGUUAUUUUUGGUUCUUUUUAAAAUAAAUUUGUUCCCAAAGAAGUUUAUGCCAUCUCUUAUAAGUUGAUAUUAAGUAAAUUAUGUUUUCUAUCUCAUUUUAAUAAGCAGGCAAUAUACUUCCUAUACUUAACCAAUCAGAAAUUCUAGACUAUACUUGUAUGUGUAAGAGGAAGAUGGUUAGAGGAAGCUGUGUCAUAUGGAAUACAUGGAUUUGUUUGGGUAAAAUAAUCUUAAAAUAUCUCAGAGCUCAACUGUUAUACAUAAGAUUUUGAUAGGACACAGAGGGCAAGAGUGCUGGUCUACCAAUAAUGAAAUAGGAAUUAUAAAAUAUGAAGUUUAUCUUCUUUUGUGCCAGUACAGAAUUUUUCUAAUUUCUUCCUUUCAUUUGGGGGAACUGAUUAGGGGAAUUAAUAACUGCAUUUAUGUCAUACUAUGAAUAUAAAAUGGGAAUGUAUAUGCUACUCUUUAUUAAACCAAUUUGCUUUAUUUCCUUUGCACAUUUUUCAAUUUCCAGUGACCUGUAUUCAUCUAAUAGGUAAA